CCCAGCACACUGUAGACUCCAGCGUAUCAAAUGGCGUGUUGUUGGAAUCAGAAUCAGAAUCAGAAACAGGGCUUGUUGUCAUGGCAACCACCAAGCUCCGCGUGUUGUGAAAAACGUGUACAUGUUGAAUACGUGUUGCUCGUCAAAGUCAGAUUUCACAAUGAUCACCUCUAAAAUUCCAGUUUCCAGCUUUGCAAUCCUUGCCUCUGAAGAUGUCAGAAUAAUUCAAGACUAAAGUAGCAGCAUCAAGAAAUCCCAAGCUGGUAAAAAUGGAGGACAAAACCAGAAAGUUAUCUCCAUCUGUAUAUGCACAUGAAAUGUCUCAGUCGACAGAGGAGAGACAUACUACUACAAAUAAGAUGUCUCCACCUCGCAUUCUGGAACUUUUAGACAUGAGUAAGGCAACACAUCAAAAGUUUUCUGCUGUAGAUGUGGACCAGCCUUUCUUCCAGCCAUACCCAUCUGAGAUUGUGUUCCAGAACUAUCUGCCCUCAGAGAUGUAUGAAGUGCCACUGGUGUUACGCAAUAAUGACAAGAUCCCUCGCCUUGUGAAGAUGGUUAAAGACGACUCACUAUAUUUCAAAGUGGUGAGCCCAGUAGAUGUAUGCAACAAAGUGGCCCCGGGCAUGGCGUUUACUUUUACAGUUCAAUUCACUCCACAGGAGAACAAGGACUAUAGCCACCAAGUAAUCUUCAUGACUGAGAGAGAGAAGUUUGAGGUACCCAUCCGGGCAAUAGGGCCACGUGCCAUCCUGGACUUUCCAGAUGAGCUCCACUUUUCUCUGUGUCCUGUGAAAUGUUUAUCUCAAAAAACCCUCCUGGUACGCAAUAUUGGAAAAGGCGAGGCCAAAUUUCAGCUCAGCACACAGAACCCAUAUUCUGUAGAACCUUCAGUAGGAGCACUUAGUGUUGGCGAGAGUAUGCAGGUGACAGUUGAUUUUCUACCCACAACUACAGGAGACCACAACCAACAAAUGCUUCUCCAUUACUACACAGGAGAAGAUAUUUACAUAAAUUUGUAUGGAGCCUCUACAGAUAUAAAUGUGAGGUUGGAUACAAAUUUACUGUGGGUGGAAAAGACUUACAUCUCCAUGGCUAACCAGCGCACAGUGGCUAUCCUGAACAGAAGUGACACCAUAGUGCAUUUCCAGUGGAAGAGCUUUGCCACUGAGGUGGAAGAGGAACAGCAUAGACUCAGGUUCUUUUCUAAGCUGCAGCAGGAAGAAGAUGAUGAGAUGGAACAGUUUUUAACAGAGUGUGAUGCUGACCCCACUCUUCGAGACCGCCUCUCCCUGCUCUCACGCACCUUUCAGGACAGACGUAAGCAGCUUCAUCAGGACCGGCUGGUUUUCAGUGAUCAGCAUAUCAUCAUAGAGCCGCAGGAGGGGGACAUCUGGCCAAACUGCACAGCAAAAAUCAACGUUAUCUUCAAGCCCCAAGAAGCCAAACUUUACCACCACACUGUAUACUGUGAUGUCACAGGAAGAGAGACUUGUUUGCCACUGCAAAUAAAGGGGGAAGGCAUGGGGCCCAAAUUGCAGUUUAACUUUGAUCUGCUGGACAUUGGCAACAUUUUUGUUGGCUCCAAGCACUGCUAUGAGGUGCUUGUGAGCAAUAAGGGACUUAUAGAUGCCCCCUAUAGGAUCAUGCCUCCUACUACAGCUGUGGGACUGUGCUUUUCCUUCAGUCCUCCUGAGGGCAUGGUGCCACCUGGGGCUUGCCAUGUCCUGGAGGUCCGCUUCUUUUCUGACAAAUUGGGCACCUUUUCCGAGGAGUUUUAUUUAUCUGUUUUGGGGAAUCCCCAGCCUCUCAUUCUCACAUUCAGGGGGUGUGUAAUAGGCCCAACGUUUCAUUUUAACAUUCCUGAGCUUGACUUUGGGCAGGUAUCCUUCGGCUUUCCUCAAACACUGACCUGCUCACUUACCAAUUCCUCAUUGGUAUCUAUGAAUUUUGGCUUACGGAUCCCUAGUGAUGGGAUGGGGAGAGAAAGUGUGACCAGUACUGAGCAGGUAAGAGAGCUGGACAGGAAUGACUGGAAACCAGGAGACAGGGUACCUGAAAGGCCUCGAGAAUUCAGAGUGACACCCAGUUCUGGCACCAUCCGGGCUCAGAGCCAAAUAGACAUCAAGGUGACCUUGUGCUCCAAUACAGUGCAGCAGUACAGUCUAGCAAUGGUGGUGGAUGUUAAUGGAGUUGGGGAGGAGUUGUUAGCUCUCCCAAUUAAGGCUAGCUGUAUUGUUCCUGAAGUGCAUCUGGAGAGUUCUGUGCUUCAGUUCCAGCGCUGCUUCCUGGGUUAUCCCUAUGAAAAGACCAUCAGACUGAUUAAUGAUACAAAUCUCCCUGCAUGCUAUGGCCUUUUAGACCAGAAUUAUGAGGAGAACCCAUCUCUACUGUACUCUACUGUUCAUCCAAGAGGAGUGAUUCAGCCAUACAGUAUUGAAGAGAUUCCUCUGGUUCUCCAGGCUAAAACAGUGGGCCAAGUUCAAGUCAUGGCUCUUAUUGCAAUUUUAGGCCAACAGGAUCCUCCAUUGGAGUUGCUCCUGACCUGCAUUGGCCAGGGGCCAGUUGUCUCCAUCUCUGCCACUGAGCUACACUUUGGCACCAUCCCAGUGCUCACUGACAUCCCAAGGACGCUGCAGUUGUUCAACGAGUCCCCCAUCCCAGCUCAGUUCUUGGCACAAAUGGUUAAGAGUAACACUCUGUGGCGGGUGGAGCCAGCAGAAGGAGAGAUUCCCCCAGAAGGGCAACUAGAACUGACAGUUGUGGCCUCUCUAGAUGAUACUCUGCCAUUCCAGGAUACAUUGCAGCUGGCCAUCCACAACAGCCAAACUCAUACAGUACCCUUGUGGGCUACGGGGAAGGGCACUACUAUUGUCACUGAUCGUCCCUUUGCACCCCAUCUGGACCUUGGAACUCAUUUUAGCUCAGGUCCAUGCCAGUAUCACUUUAAGGUGACCAACAGAGGUCAACGAUUUCACAAGCUUUUCUGGACCACUGAAGGCUUUCCUCACUUCCGCCGCAGAGGCCCACCAACCACAAAAAAUCUGCCCCUCACUACUUCCAGUCCACUGGCAGCUUCAUCUUUGGGUGCUCCUGUCUUCUACCUGACACCCACACGUUUGGAGCUUGGUCCAGGUCACUCAGCUGACAUGCUGCUGGAGGGCUUCUGUGAUACACCCAAAGUGGCAAAAGAAAGGAUGAUAUGCCAUGCCUUCGUGGGGAAUCAGAAUGGGAAGGAACGCAUCAUGACAGUGGAUAUCACAUGUCAAUUCAUCGCACCAAUCCUGAAUAUCUCCCCUCAGCAGCUCAACUUCUGUGUUGAAAAGGUUCCAGGCAUGCCCCUUGUGCCUCUGUAUGAAAAGCUUUAUCUGAAGAAUGUCUCCAUGUUGGCUCUCUCUCUGGAGCUUACCCUGGGUGAGCCAUUUGGUCUCUGUGACUGUAGCAGUGACGACUCAUUCACCUUCUCAAAGAGUCUGGUGAUGGGUAUUGGCACUGAAGCAGAGCUCUGGGUGCGUUUCAACCCUCUUUACCAGCUAGAUUUAGUGAGCCGUGUGGCUGAGGAAGUGCUGGAGGUGAGCUACAGUGGGCACCCUCAGCGGGACACCGUGGUUCUGCGAGGAGAGGUACAUUUUCCCAACCUGCACUUUUCAAGUCAUGUGUUGGACUUUGGCUGCAUCCUCAACUGCACAGAGGUCCAGAAGCAGCUUACCAUGACUAACUCCAGCUCACUCCCUGUUAUCUACCACUGGGCUUUUAUGCUGGAUCAAAAGCAUUACCCCAUCAGGCAGAGUAGAAUCACUAACAUUACACAAGGAGAAGAGAGGAAAAAUAAGAAGAUAAAACGAGAUUAUGGUACCAAUGAGCAAAGAAGAGCAAAGGAGCAAAUGACAAAUACAUGCAGCUCUAUUCUACCGGGACAGAUCAGUAAAGCAUCUACAGCACAGAAAACAACAGGGUUAGAACCGGACAUCAGCACAGCCAUUAUAACAGGCAGAGAGACAUCAAGUAUAAGUGUGGAAAAGAUAUUUGACAUUAUGCCAGUUUAUGGAGUUCUGCAGCCUGGUGAGAUGCAACAGGUGACAUUCUCAUUCGUUGGCCAUGCUGACAUCAGUGCUCAAGUCCUGGCUGUGUGCGUGGUGGAGGAAGGCCCUACAUAUGAGAUUUCCCUCAAAGGGGAAGCUUCACUGAUCACCUACACCUUGGAUACAACUGAGAUCGACUUUGGUCCUCAGUUAUUUGACCAUGUGGCUGAAGCAGAGAUCAUUUUGAGAAACACAGGAAAGGUGGGUAUUGACUUCAGUUUUCUGCUGGAGGAUCAGCAUGUGUCCCCAAAAGACACCUUACCUGGACAACCCCUUGUUAUUCCCAGCAUGGGCCACAUAAGGGCAUAUGAGGACAUGAAAGCUUCUGUGUACUUUCUUCCUGGAAUCCCAGAGGUUUUUAAGAAGGUGUUCCAACUACAGGUUGCCUUCUUUGAGCCAGAAAGCAUUACAAUUAUGGGAGAGGGCAUCUUUCCUAGAGUGUGCCUGGACCUACCUCGAGACCUAAAUGAAGAACAAUAUAGCUCAGUGCUGAAGCAGGCAAAGGAAACAGUUGAAAGUGAAUCUCAAAGAGAAGACAUGCUAAGGAGACCUGGUACAGGGUUUGGUGAGACGUAUGAAGUGGACUAUAUUCCUACAUAUGAUGCGCUGCUGCAGAUGGAGGUUGAGAGGCUCCUAGUCACGGAAAACUCUAUAGCCACUGAGAAAUCCCAAAGAGACUCUGUACAAAGUGAAAAGCCUGGAUCUAUUUCUAGCAUGUGGCGCAAAAAGCUCAGCAGGUUUAUUUUGCCUGAGUACAUUCUGGACUUUGGUCAUGUGAUUCGCGGCACUGUGUCUACUCAUAUUGUAAAAGUGACAAACAGUGGGCCUCUUCCAGUGUCCUUCAGAGCUGAACAACGUUCUCUGGCAGGCACAGGAUUUAGUACAGAGUUGGACAGGGUGAAGAAUCUGCCCUACUGUGAGACAGAGACAUUUGAGGUGAAGUUUGAUCCACAAGGUGCAAAUCUAGAGCUUGGUGAGAUGAGCACUGUAUUGUCUAUACAGGUAUUGGGGGGUCCUACAUUUCCAGUCCGUCUAUCUGCAGUGGUCACAUUACCCUCCUUGACCACCUCUACUAACAUGUUACAGUUUGAUUCUGUUCAAUGUGGCAUGUGCAAAGUGGCUAUAAUUCAGUUGCACAACCCUGAGCCAGUGCCCUGCAAGUGGAGCAUCAAAGAGGAGGAGCAGCCAAAGAGAAAGACUGAGAAGCACAUCCCACGUCACCUGAGACACGAGGCUCGUUUAGAAAAGCUGACUUCUCCACUUAUCUUUGAGAUGUUGCCAUCCAGUGGUAUGCUGUAUCCUGGUGAUUGGAUUAACAUCCAGGCCAAGUUCAGUCCAGCUGAAGGGAAAACAUAUAGAGAGAAACUGGUGGUAGCUGUGGCCCAGAGCACCCAGAGGAUCUUAAUCUUAGCUGAGGGACAGGGAUUGGAGCCACAGCUAGAAUUUUCCACCUCAGAAAUCGAGCUAGGCCCUGUACUGCCCUACAGCUAUGGAGAUGAGGUUGAGGUGCUGGUCCACAACCCCUGCCCUUUCCCUAUUGAGUUCUAUUCCCUGGAAUAUGACAGCCAGUACCUGGAGGAAGAGAGGAUCCUGCGGUUGUUGAAAGGAUUUGAUGCACAUAAUAUAUUGCUGUUGCCCCCUCGAGCCCCUGGCGAGCCUCUGCCUGCAGAAGUCCUAGACUACUACCAAGAGCACAGGUCCCAGAAUACUGAACCAGAUGUGGUCAAUAUCAACAACAGGACCAGCAGGAUCGGUGAUUUGGAGAUAAAUCCUGUUUCUAGAGCUAUUGCUCACUACAUGGGCAUUGAUUUGUCACCAUCAGGCCAAGCCGUUCACAGUUCCAGAGGCAUUGCCAUUGUAGUGCAUGGUGCUCCACUCUCUGGUAAGACAGCUUUGGCUGUGAACUUGGCGAGGUACUAUGGUGCUGCAUGUCUGAACAUAGACUCAGUGGUGCAAGAAGCUGUGUCAUCUGGAACCAGCACUGCAAGCAAGCAAGCCAGAGAGCUGAUUCGAGCUGCUCUGGAGUCUGUGCAAGGCACAGAAGAACAUACUGCCCCAGCUGUGUUAGAUGGGAAAACUGUGGCUAGUGAGACUGUAGGCAUUCUCAGUGUUGAGGCAUUAGCCCAGCAUGCAGCUGAGGGUGUUCAAGAUACUGACUCUAAAAUCCCUACUUCCACUCUCUCAACAAACAAGACCAGCAUAAUGGGAGCAAAGAAAGACGGUGGCUCCAAUCCCAGUGCUUCAGUGGCUGGUUCAACUCAGAGUGUGAGUCCAGCAGGUGAGCUGAGAGGCAUGAGCAGUUUACUGCCUGAUGAUCUACUGUUAGAGAUACUGUCAGAGAGACUACAGCUUAACGACUGCAAUCAAGGUGCUGUGAUUGAUGGCUUGGAGACAUUGUACUGCCGCUUUCCAAGCACUGCACUCCAUGUUAUCAUCAAAGCCUUCAACAACCGCCAGCAUAUCUAUGUUAUCAACCUCACUGACAGCUACAUUGAAUUUAAAUCCAGAGAGAGGGCUCAACUGGAGCUGGCAGAGGCCUUACAGAGGGAACAGACUAUUAGAGAAAAGCUGCAUUUGCAGGAGAUGGACAAGGAUGAGUAUAAUGCCCUGUGUGAGGAAGAGAAAGAAAGUGCAGACCUGCUAAAUGAACUUAGGUAUAGCAAGCAAGAGAGGGAGCAGGAAAAGAAGCAGGAGGAGGAGAAGCUCAAAGUAGAGGAGGAGAUGGAGAAAAAAAACAAGAAAGGAAAAAAAGAAGAAUAUACAGAGGAUUUAACAGAAAAAGGAAGUCAGCUAGGAGCUGCCCAGCCUGUUUUAGCACUGCACUCUGACUCUGGACAGGAACAGCAGUCUAAAGUGGAUAGAAAGAUGUCUACCAGCACAGAAGCCAAAGACUCACUUUUAGGGGCUACCAGUGAACUUGAUAAAGGAGGCAAAAAGAAAGCCAAAGACAGCAAGCCACCUGACCAUGAUCAUUCUUUACUGCUACUGGAUCAACUGGAGAAAGAGCUGGUAACCGAUGCUGAAAGGAAGCUGUUUUCCCGGUUCCGUCUGUAUGAGCAGAGCCAGCCACGUAUUCAGCACAUGCUGCAGAACUGGGAUAGGACUAAAGGCCUUCUGCUGAUUUCUCCUUCUGAGAAGCAGCAGCGACAUGAAGCACCAGAACUCCAUAAGCCACAUACCAAGUUGGCCAAGAAGGAGCGGGAGAAAGAAAGGAUGAAAAUGGACACUGCUGAUCCUAAGCUGCUGUCGCCAACCCCCAAACAAACUCACCUAUUGCCCUGUGGCACAGAGGGUUCAGAGAAUGAGCUGGCAAUACAGCUUAUCCCCUACAUAUGUAUCUCUAUCAGCAAAAAAGAGGAGGCAAGCAUAGACAUGCUUCUCAGCAGUAUGAAACUGCCAUCUCUGGAUGAGGUUUUGGAUGGGUUAGGACUUGGACCCACAAGUCCACCCAUUCCUCCUCCCAUGCUGUUCUCAGUAGUCCAAUACCCUAAAAGGAGAGUGGUGUCCAGCUCCUGUUUUACUCCUGGCUGUUUCACCUUCUUGAUGCCCUCAUCUCUGGAAGUCUCAGCUGAGGAGAAGCGGGAGGCUGACUUGGUGACAGAAGCUCUAAGUUCUGUGUCUGGCAAGGAGGAUGUUACAACCCUUAACAAAGGCAAAUUGAAGAAGGCCCAAGUGAAAGAGGAAUCAGUCAAGGGGACCCUGAAAGACAAGCAACAAAUUCCUGCAAAAAAAGGAAGCAAAUCCAUAGACCCUUGUUCAUCUCCAGAGAACAGCCAGCGGCUUACUCAUUUUCGCUGGGUCGUUCCACCAAAUGGACAAAUGACCCUGAGAUUGUGGUUCCACUCAUCGGUGCCUGGUGAUUUUAAACAGACUUUGGGGUUUGAAGUGAUGGGGACCAAGCGCUGUUAUCAGCUCUACUGCAGAGGCAUCUGUGCUUUACCAUCCAUCAGCAAAGACCAUAAGACAGUGUUUGCUCACUGUAAAAUGACCAUGCAGAAAAAGAAUGACUUACAGAAGACAUACAUUAUCCGCUCAGGCCUGUAUGACUUCGGGCCCCUGCUUUGUGGAAGAAAUAGAGAAAGAUACAUGGAAAAGAAGUGCCCAGACAAUGAAGAAAGACUAGUAAUCCACAACAACUCUCCCAUGGAGGCAGAGGUUAAUUUUUGCCUCCACCAGGACACCAAAUCUACCACAUUUAUCCUGGACCCUCUGAGCAUUGUUCUUAAGCCCAAUGAGAGAAAGGAACUCAGAGUAUCAGCAUACCCUACCACUCCAGGUCUUAUAGAAGACAGUGUGGUGUGCUGUAUUAAGGAGAACCCAGAACCUACUAUCUUCCACAUCUCUUGCAAAGGAGUCCGACCAGAACUGGAAGUGGACCGCAAGCAACUUAAUUUUGAUAAGAUAUUCCUGGACAGGAGACAGACACGCAGUCUGUGCUUGCGCAAUCCCACUGAACUCCCAGUUGCCUGGUGGCUGAGUGGCCAUGAGGGGUUUGGUGUGGAGUUUAGCAUUUCCAAGGACCAUGGCAUCAUCAUGGCAAAUUCUGAGUUUUCCUUGCUCAUGCAUUUCCAUGCCAUAAAACCUAUUAGCCUGAAGAAGACCAUAAGAUUGGAGGUGUCAGAUGUAGAGAAUAUUCUCGGUGUUGUCCAUACUGAGAACAUUAAUAUUGUGGCAGAAGCUUAUGAUGUGGCCGUGGAAAUUACCUUACCCAAAGGUACGAAUAACAGUCUGGACUUUGGCGUAAUCAGAGUAUCAGAACAAGUGAAGUUAUCUGUUAAUCUGAAAAACAAGGGGAAACAUGAUAUUGCCUACAAGUUUGUCCUGGAGCCUACGGAGCCUCAAAUGCCUAACCUCAACUCAGUCUUCACAAUUGCGCCUCAAAAAGGCACUCUUCAUCCCAGUGACCGGCCCACAUGUGUCCAAGUCAUCUUCUGCUACAACAAGGAGGUGUCUCUUAGACAACAGCCAAUUUUACAAUGCCAGGUCAUUGAGCCAAAUAUUGAUGAAACCAUUAAGAUCAUACCCAUCAAAGUGUCUGUGCAGUGUGUCUAUUCUAAGUACAGCAUCUACCCUGCAAAUGACAUCAACUUUGGUCCGGUAAUGCAUGGUUCCCACAAGACCCAGACAAUUACUGUGGAGAAUAAGGGUGAAUUUGAGAUCUCUUUUACCAUCUCCAGAAUGUUUAAAGAUCUCCCAGCAUCUGAGCAGAAGAGAGGAAUAGGCAAGAUAACUUCCAGAGAGGGUAACUCUGCAAGACCAUUAUCCGUAGCCAUUAAACCACGCCAGUCUGACUCUGUUCAGAAGGACACUAAUAGGGACACCAUACCUUCUCAGACACGUUUGCCUCUGGGGUUGUUCUCCUUGUCUCCAUGCUUUGGCAUCCUUUCAGCAGGUGAUCAGCAGGUGGUAACUGUGGACUGUGUGGCAGAGCAGGUAGGCUGCUGGGAAGAGUGCCUUGUGGUGGACAUCACUGAUCGAGACCCUUCUGACAGCCCAGGAGGGAUCCUCUACAGGUUACUAGCAGAGGUCUGCAUGCCAGGAAUAGCUCAUGAAGAUAUUGCGUCCAUCUUUGAAGAACACCGAUUGUGCAAGAACAGUAGCAUGCUACAAUGUGAGCAGUAUCAGGAGGCUAUGGGCAUCUAUAUCCAGGAUGAGAACAAGUUUGUCUUUAACAAUGUGUUAGUCGGCCAGUCGGCAAAAGCCCGCUUCCGUCUUACCAACCCUGGAAAAAUACCCUGUAAACUUAGUUUGCAGGUUAAAGCUUUCAAGAUGCCUAUGCGGAGCUCUGAGGUGUUUGAGCUGACUCCUACACGGAUCAAUAUCCCCAGUCACUCACAUGCCUUUGCUACAAUUACCUUCACUCCCCAGAACAUGCAGACCUACCUUGGAGUUUUUGAAGCCUCUCUAGAAGGGCCAACUGGGUGCAAGUUGCUGGUGUUUGAUUUGAUGGGAGAGGGCAAUUUGCCUUGUAUAACUAUUCUAAAACCAGUUCAGAGAAGCAAAUAUGGACAGCCAGUCCUGCAGUUCAAGCGACUUCUGGUAGACAAGAGACAAAUUCUCCCUCUGGUCAUGAAGAACAUUAGCAAUGUACCUGCACAGGUUAGCAUUGAUCUGAUUGACAAGAUCGGAGUCUUUGCUUUAAGGGCAGCUCCUGGCACUGCAUGCAGCUACAUCUCCUCUUCAAACAUAGAAAGUGAGCCUGGAACAGUAGAAAGGCAGGUGGAUCAUUUGGCCUCCCUGGCACUAAUGGCUGGACAGCAAGCAGAGUUUGAGGUGGUGUUUCAACCUAAGGUCACUCAAAGUUUUGAGGCCACCCUGCAUCUGUUUGUAAAAGACAACCCAUAUGAAAAGACACUGAUACAUCUCCUAGGAGAGGGAUACCGUGACAUAAUCUCUUUGGACAAUAUCAGCAGCAAGGUUCCUCAGGACCAGGACAGCACAGAAGCCAUAUGUGAUAUUGUGCACUUCGGGGACUGUCAUGUAGGCCGGCUUUACCAAAAGACCUUUACUAUGACCAAUCACAGCAACUCAGAGGUUCUGCGCUUUCAAUGGCCUCAGGGUGAGCCUCAUUUGUAUUUCUCACCUGAGAUAGGCCACCUCCAUGCCAGAUGCACCAAGGAGGUUACAGUAAGCUUCAAUUCAGAGCAGCCCAUAGUGCUGACUGAACGGGUGAUGAAGUGUAAACUCUGCCAGAUAACUUUCCAGCAGCCUGUGGACCAAGUGCCUGAUUGGGAUGACCGUCACAGGACUGUCAAGUGGGUUGAUGUGGAAAAGCCCCUCUCACCUCAGAGACCAGCUAAAAAAAAGGUGGUAGAGACUGACCCAGAACCUGUCCAUUCAGUGGUGAAAAACUCAUUUAGGGAACUAGAACUGGGGAUAAGUGCCAUGUGUGAUUAUGCCAAGUUUGAGUGUGAUGCUGAACCUAUCCUUUUUAAAGACACCAUGCUCUUUCAAACUAGAGUCUUUCAAAUGCAAAUGGCCAACAAAGGCACUGUGGAGCUUGAAUACUCAUGGCAGGUUAUGAUGGACACCUCUGAGAAGACUCAGGGCUUUGUUCAUGGAGACAUGACCCCCAUUACUGCCAAGGGUGGUCAGACAGGGCUGAGGCCAUCCAGCAAUUUGAGGAGCUUAUCUACUCUGCUCUUAGGAGAUCCAGAACUUCCUCCAUUCACUGUGGACCCGAAUAUGGGACUUAUCCUGCCUGGGACCUACCAGAUAUUUUAUAUACGCUUCUCUCCUCUAGAAGUAGCCCAUUAUGAGGCUACAUUAGUCUGCAGCAUCCCAAAUCUGAAGGACCAGCAAGGCCCUGUGAUUGCAGUGAAUGGACGCAGUAUGAUGCCUUAUUGCCAUUUCCACCUGGAAGACUCAGGAUACCUCACAGAUAACAAACAGAGCCUUGAGCUCCCUGGCCCACAGAGGUCUACACCCAGAGCCAAGCUGGAUCUCAACACCAAAGUUAUAGAAUUCACAUCCACAGGGGUCGGCACAUCCAUCUGCAGGACCUUCAGUGUCGUAAAUCCCACGAACAAGCCAUAUUCAUUGUUGUGGAGAUGUGAAGACUCGGAAGUUAAACCCUUUACCUGCCUCACACCAAAAGACUCCAUUCAGCCUGGCAAGAAAGUGGAGGUCUCAUUUAAAUAUCAUGCCCAACAACUAGAUUUGGUGGAAUCCUUCUGGACUUUCUUAAUUCCAGAGUAUAGGUUCUCAGUGCCCUUCCUGCUGGUGGGCACAGCAAAAGAUCCAAAUGUGUACCUUGAUCAUGCUCAUCUUAAUCUCGGCAGUCUGCUUAUUGGUCGUGAGGUCCAUAAGAUUGUGUAUUUGGUGAAUAGAGAAGACCAACCUUUCUACUUUGCUAUUGAUGAGGUCUCGCGGCAUACAAAGUCAUUCAGAGACAGCCUAAGACUGAAGCCCAUGCAAGGGACAGUACCCCCCAGAGACAAGUUCCCUGUUUCCAUAUCCUUCACACCCACACAAGAGGGUCUGGUGACAUUUAACCUACGCAUGGUGAUCAGAGGAAAGGUUCAGCCACUAACUAUGAACGUGAAGGCGUAUGGUUAUAACAUGACUGUCUGUGUCCAAUAUGAGAGUCCAGAAGGGGCCAUAACUGAACUUUCUGCUACUGAUUGUCAUAUUGUGAACUUCAAACAGGUGGAGAUGAAUAGUAAGUCCACAUGUGCCUUUGUGGUGUUCAACCCAGGGAGGUUUGAUGUGGAUGUGCAGUAUGAGAUAACAGGGCCUGAAGAGCUGCACCGCCACCUACAGGUGGAGCCCACAACAGCCGUGGUACCCGUGGGAAAACAGAAUCAUUGCAUCCUCAGUUUCUUCCCUUUGCAGAAGUGUGACCUCAAAGAUAUGAGCUUCUUAAUCAAGGUAAAGGAUGGCCCAGUUUUCCGAUGCACUCUGCUGGGUUCUGCCACCAGCCUGGGGCUGGAGUUUUCCUUCAUCAAGUACAAUUUUGGAAAGACCUUUAUUUACACUGAUGGCAUGGUGCCUGCCACAUGCACACUGCUAAUCAGCAACAAAGGGGAAAGAGGAAUCAGUAUGGACUGUUUAUUCUCCAACACCCCUUUUCUGGAAGUGGGUUUCAUGCCUGAUGUACUGCCCCCUUGUGGAACCAUUGAGGUGCCUAUCACAUUCUAUCCCCGAGAAGCAACACACUACCAUGAAAAGGUAGUCUUUGAGAUAAAUGCGUGUUCCAGGCAGGUAGUGGAAAUCAUGGGGAAAGGAAUUGAGAUGAAGAUUGAUGUAGAGGAUCCAAAAUUAAAGACUUUGAAGCUUGGAACUCUGCAGGUGGGCCAGAGGAGCAAGAAGCUCAUCCCUCUGAUCAACAACAGUCUGUCUUCAUUGACCUUUUCUCUCAUCUUCACACCGUUUGCACAGACUCUCCUGAACUCUAAGGUCCUGUCAGUGAAUCCAAGUGAGGAGGUGACAUUGAAGGGUGGAGGGGGAAAGUGUGUGGUGGAGGUGCUCUUCAGCCCUCAGCAACGCAUGACCCCCUUCAGCGAGGAGGUGCAGCUAAAGUGUUUAGGAACCAUGCGUCCCCUACUGGUGCUGAAAGGCUGCUGCCAGGGUGUAGAGAUUACAUUGGACCAGAACUACUUGUCCUUCGGAGGUGUAGCCCGGCACGGCCAAACCACACGUCAGGUUAUGCUACAAAAUACAGGAGACAUUGGAGCUAGGUUCACGUGGGAUGCCAAGGCCUUUGCUCCAUACUUCAGUAUCUGCCCAGCUGAAGGUUAUAUCUGCCCAGGAAUGGAGGUGCCUUUGGUGGUGACUUUUGCUCCUGUGGAGGUCAAACAGGAUCUGUGCGAUAACGUUUUCUGCUCUAUAGAGGGGGGCAAGCCUUUAACUCUUACUCUUGCAGGCUCCUGCAUUGCUCUCCCAGUUCCCAAACAGGUGCUGAAUUUUGUGUGCCAGGUCCGUAGUCAUUGCACACAGUCUGUGACUUUAUCUAAUAAUACAAACCAGCCCUGGCAUCUGAAGCCUGUGAUUGAGGGUGAAUAUUGGAGUGCUUCACUCUUCUUCUUCAUUGAGCCCUACCAGCAAAAUAAAGCCUAUGAGAUCACCUAUAAGCCCUUGGCCAUGACCACGGAUGGAAAAAAGCACCUGGGCUCUGUGUUUUUCUCUUUCCCUGAUGGCUCAAGCAUGCUGUACACCCUACAGGGCACAGCAGAGCCACCUAAACCUGUGAGCACAAUCAAUCGUGAAGUACCUUGCAAGACAUCCUACACCGAGAUUGUCCCUGUUCAUAACUGGUUGCCCAAACCUCAGAGAUUCCGUGCUAUAGUGGAGAUAAUUAAACCAGAAUAUCCUGACAGCACAGUCUUGCUGAAGGGGCUUGAUUAUGUGGAUGUUUCAGCAUUGACUAAAAGGGAUUACAAAAUCUCCUUCUUCAGCUACAAGGAAUGCCAAUACAAUGCCAAAUUGAUCUUUAAAAAUGAGUCCACAGGGGAGUACCAGUUUUACUACCUGAACUUUAAGGCCACACCUCCUGGAGUGAUCAGCACUAUUGAGCUGGUCACAGUGGUUAGGCAGAUGACUUCAGGCUGUGUGAAAUUGGAAAAUCCUUUACCCAUGAACCUGUUGUUCACAACCGAGUGCCGCAGUUCCGAUGUCAAUGUGCAACCUCAGUUCUUAGUGCCUGCACAAUCUACGGAAACCUUGAGGUUUGACUACCAGCCUCUCCGUCCAGGUGAAACUAAAACACGGCUCAUGCUGUCUAACAGUGAACUGGGUUAUUUCUACUAUGAGCUUUUACUCCGUGCGCUUCCUGCUCCUCCUGAGAAACCCCUUUACUUCAGAGCACCAUUGGGCAGUGGGCAAUAUCUCACUGCCAAGUUCACCAGCUAUUCCCGUGUCAAAACAGAGUACACUUGCAAGACAGACCAUCCUGACUUCACUGUGGAAAAAAAUGUAAUCCUAGUGGCAGCAAGCUCCCAAUCAGGCACUGAUGUGAGUGUGGAAGUCUACUUUGAGCCCUGCCAAUUAGGUGAGGUGCGAAGCCUAUUGACCAUAUCAUCCAGCACUGGGGGGGAUUAUGUGUUCCCUCUGUAUGGAACAUGCACCCCUCCCAAAGCCCAGGGCCCCAUGGUCAUCCGUGCUGGCUCCAACAUCUCUAUUCCCUUCAAGAAUGUCUUCAUGGAGACCACAGCCUUUUCUUUUCAGGUGGAUAACCCAGCCUUUACAAUCAAGGGCCUGGACACCAUUCGCUCAAAGAAGACUCAACAAAUCCUUGUGAGCUUUGAGAGCCCUCAGCAAGGCUCCAAGACCCCCUGCACAGGAAAACUUAUCAUCUCCAGUCCACGCACAGAGGGCCAUGGCCAGUGCCUCUCCUGGGUAUAUUACCUGAAGGGCAUCACCCCAGAGCAGCCUCAGAGAGAGAAGAUGUCAUAAAAUGCUGCCAAGGCCAAAAGGACAAACCUUAUGAAUGUUUAUUUUAAAAAUCACAUAAUACUCAAGUUUCCAAAUAAAAAAAUAUUUUAACAAUA